AUGGUCAUCAUGCUACCCCCAAAAUGCCAGAACCAUGGCCAGGCCAAGACAAAUGGAAACAAGAAUGUCCUAAUUGUUGGAAUCGGCAACUCAGCAGUCGAUGUAGCAUCUGAAUUGACCAAUGUCGCUAAACAAGUUACAAUGUCAACUAGAAAUGGCACUUGGGUUGUGUCAAAACAUAUUGAGAGAGGGUACCCAUUGGACAUGUAUUUGAAUAGUAAAGUGACAUUUUUGAAAAAAUGGCUGAAUAUAGAGAAGUUUAACAAUGAUUCUGUAGAAAAGUUUUCCAACUUCUUUGAUCAAGACGAAUACGGAUCGAAGCCGAAACACAAGUUCUGGUCUCAACAGCCUACAAUCAGUGAUGAUUUGCAUAGUAAGUUUUCACAAUAAUACCCCCAGCUUCAGCUGAAUCCUAGCUUUAGUCUAACUCUUAGGCAUAUCCAGUGUUUUGCCCGGACCGGUCCGGAGCGUUUUUCACCGGUCCAGUCCGGCGAUUUUCCGGUCCGGUCCAAACUUCAAAUUUUUGGGUCCGGUCCGGUCCGGUCCAAACCCAAAAUUUUUGGGUCCGGUCCGGUCCGCAAAAAAAAUUUUUUUUUAUUUUUAAAAAAAGCAAAGAGCGCUAAAAUUGCUUUUUCUACGUUUAAAAACACUUAAAAAUAUGUUUUCUUUGCAAUUUUUAAAGCAGUUUUAAUAAAAUAAAAAAAAAAUUUUUUCCGGACCGGUCCGGAGCUUUUUCUUCGGUCCGGGUCCGCAGGAUUUUGGGUCCGGUCCGCAAAAAAUUUUGUUUCGGUCCGUCCGGUCCGGACCCGUCCGCGGACCGGACCGGUCCGGCAAAACACUGGGCAUAUCCUAACUCUAACCCUACCCCUUACCCUAGACCUAGCCUAUCCUGCUAUACCAUGACUAAAUAUACACAUAUUUCUUCAGCUAUAAGCUCUACUUUACUUUACUGUAACCGUACCAUAACUUUCCCUUCUUAAACGUCAACUUACCGUAACUUAAAUAAAAUUAUUUUUAGACAAAAUAAGUUCCGGCACAAUUGUUCUAAAAGGUGAUAUAAAGUGUUUUACUGAAAACGGCGUCAUUUUUGAAGAUGGAUCAUUCACCGAAGUAGACGAAGUCAUCUGUUGUACUGGAUUUAAAUUCGACUUCCUAUUCCUAGACUUCGGGAAGUUGGUACCAGUAGUCGAUAUCAAGAAUGAGCUCUACAAAAAGUCCUUCCCAUUAAACUCAGCUGACAAAAACACCUUAGCCAUUAUUGGUUUAUACCAACUACUUGGCUCUAUCUUUGCACCAGCUGAAUUAAACAUCCGUGUUUUCUUUGAACAAGCAUUGGGUCAUAUUAAACUACCUUCUAAAACCAACAUGAUCAAAGAUAUCGAAGCGUCAAAUAAAAGAACAUUCAAUCGUUAUGCCAAUAUACCACGGAACGCUCUUCAAAUUGACUAUGUAGAAUAUACGGAUGAAAUGGCUGAUUUAAUUGGCUGUAAGCCUCCAAUGACUACGCUCUUCUUUACUGACUAUACUUUAUGGAAAAUUCUCUUUUUUGGACCAAAUGUACCAUACGCCUACAGAUUGGUAGGCCCGCAUUCAUGGCCAAAAGCUAGAGAGACUAUACUGACGGUCCAAGAUCGUCGGAUUCAAGCGAUUCACAAAAGACAAACUCCGAAUAAUCCGUUGGAGAAAUGUCUAGAACUAAAGAAAGAAAAACUCAGUCCUGCUUGGAUUACAGUAGGUGCUAUUGUGCUACUAGGUGUUAGUGCGAAACUCUACCAAGGUGGAAGGUUUGACAAUGUGAUUGACUCAAUCAACCGUAUUUUCAAUUAA